AUGGAAACGGAAUAUAUCCACAUAAAAGAAACUGAACAUAAUGAUUCAAAGGUAACUGCACAUAUUCGUGGUAUUUUAUCAAGAUUUGCUCAGGGAGAUGCAACCCAUUAUAAUGACUUGGUUGGAAAGUUGAACCAGUCCGAAUAUCUAUCUCCAUAUGAUAUGUCUUUGUUUGUGACGAGUUUAAAGGGUUUAUCUGGAGCUGUUGCGUCUAUUGAUAUUGUUGGGCACGAGACUCUUCUGCAAGCUGUUUUCGGGAUGGGAGAAAAGCUGAAUCAACCUCGCGGGGUUGAAAAAAAGGAAGAAGUGCUUGAUCGGGUUCAUUCAGCAUUAAUAAAGAUCACAAGCCUGGUGCCUCUUGCACCUCUGAGAUUAUGUCCCAUACUUCUUCGGCGGAUGCCUGACAUAUUCGUUACAGAACCUGUGAUGACAGUGUAUGUGGAGAAUAUGUUAAGGAUUGAGAGUGGACCGAUUGGAGAAUUUUGUGGAAGCACGAUGAUGAUGGCAGCGGUGGAUAGGCUUGUUGAAUUAUAUUUGGAAAUACGAUGGGAUGAUAUUUUGCCAAAUGAAUCCAAUAAAGGCAUAUUUGAUACGGAACUAGAAGACAUGGACGACGACCACGAUUUUGAUGAUGGUUUUGUGCUUGUUAACCAGGCUAAUAAUUUUUCCGAGAAGAUGGAUAGUUUGAUGGUACUCACAUGUCAACAUAUCAGAUCUUGUGCUGAAAAUGGCCGCUUGUUAAAGGUGUUCGACACACUUCUCCGAAAUGACAAAAGGGUUGCCAAUGAUUUGAUUGAUGAACAGUUCUUUAAGCAGUUAAAAGAUGAUUUUGAUCUCCACGGUUAUGACAUCAAACUUUUAUCGGGCCAAAAGGGUGUUUUGAAAAAGAAUGAUGUCAUGAACUUUCCUCACUCAUCAAAGGCGACCGUUAUCACCAAGGGUCAGUUGGAGCUCGGGAUGCGCUUCCCUCUGUACGAUCCUAGCCGUCCCUUCAUAUAUGAAGGUCUUUCAAAGAUUCUUCCUUCUCGUGCAUUAGCCUAA